CUGCAUAUGGUCAGUAUUCAACCACAGCCCUAUUCUCCUUCCAUUUAUUUCCACUCUCUUCCUAUCUUUUUAUUCUCUUUCCCCCAUAUCCUUUCUCCUUUCGGCUAACAUUCUUUUUUCACUUACAAAUUAGGCAAAAUAUAUAUAAAUAAAUAAACAAACAAAAAAAAAGAUGGCAAAUGUGAAGCAUCUCAAGUUUCAAUUCCUCUUACUCGCAUUCUUUUUCGCAGCAGCACUCGUACAAGAAGCCAGGGGGUCCAGAAUUCAUGCCACACUUCAUAAUUAUCCGACAGGUUAUCGACUUUCAUCAGCCGAAACAGAAACACACCUCAAGGAUAAGUCGAAAAGAUUACUGAUUGGAUCGGUAGCACCGACAUGUACUUACAACGAAUGCAGAGGUUGUAAGUAUAAGUGCAGAGCAGAGCAAGUUCCAGUUGAAGGCAAUGAUCCUAUUAACAGUGCUUAUCACUACAAAUGUGUAUGCCAUAGGUAAUAAUUUUUUUCACUGCAAAAAGUAUUAAAUUUUUGGUCCUAAGUUGUAGAAAUAUGAUGGAGAGACAGACCCUUGUUCCCUUCAAUUUUCAAUACGAAGAUAGAUUAUUAUUUUAUUUUUU